UGCAAUGAGUGGAGGAGCAGCGGAGGAAGUGGGAGGCACAGCCCAUAGUAGCAGGAGCUGCUCAUAACUCACUGCGACUGUGUGCACUGGUGACAACUGGACUCCUGACUGAGCAGCAUCUUCAACUCGCGUCAACUGUUGAAAUUUUGACCCCGGUCCACUCACGGGCUGUGGCCGUGUGCGCGCUUUUUCCUUACUUUUAGUGUAUGAGCCGCUCCAGGUUUACACCGUUUCAUGGCAGCCAUUGUGUUGACAGCAUUUAGAUAGAUUUACUGCAGACUUUGCAUUUGAGUUUUUCGGUGUAUCCCAACAGUUUAUCUAGAGGCUGCUUGCACGAGGGGAAACACGCCGUGCGCUUUUUGUGCAGUUUAGUUGCAUUAAUCCACAGUCUUGCUCUUGCUUUAAAUUCCCGGUCAAGAUGAUGAUAAUCAUUGCGGAGUUCUUCGUGGUCAUUUUGAAGGUGCUAUGGGCGUUUGUAACUGCCGGGGCAAAGUGGGUGGUGCGGCCGAAGGAGAAGAGCGUGGCGGGACAGGUGUGUGUGAUCACCGGGGCUGGCAGCGGCCUCGGGCGGCUCUUCGCCAAGGAGUUCGCUCGGAGACGAGCGGUACUGGUGUUGUGGGACAUUAACAGCCAAAGUAACGAGGAAACAGCGGAGAUGGUGCGGCAGAUAUACCGUGAACUGGACAGCCCCAUGCCCAAAGACGGACCUGUUGGAGGGGUAGAAGAGGUCCCCCCUUUCCAGCCCCAGGUCUACACCUAUGUAUGUGAUGUGGGCAAACGCGAGAGUGUGUAUUCUACAGCUGAGAAGGUGCGGCGCGAGGUGGGAGAGGUUGACAUACUGAUCAACAAUGCCGGUGUCGUCUCUGGCCAUCACCUCCUGGAGUGCCCAGAUGAGCUGAUUGAACGCACCAUGGUGGUUAACUGCCAUGCACACUUCUGGACCACCAAGGCGUUUCUCCCCAAGAUGCUGGAGCUGAAUCAUGGUCACAUUGUGACGGUUGCCAGCUCCCUGGGUUUAUUCAGCACAGCUGGAGUGGAGGAUUACUGCGCCAGUAAAUUUGGUGCCAUCGGUUUCCACGAAUCGCUGAGCCACGAGCUGAAGGCCUCAGAGAAGGAUGGUAUCAACAUGACUCUGGUGUGCCCCUACCUGGUUGACACGGGAAUGUUCAAAGGCUGCAGGAUAAGGAAAGAGAUUGAGCCAUUUCUACCUCCCCUGAAGCCUGAGUUUUGCGUGAAACAGGCCAUGAGGGCCAUCCUCACCGACCAGCCCAUGAUCUGUACACCCCGCAUCGUCUACAUGGUUAAUUUCAUGAAAAGCAUCCUGCCCUUCGAGGCCAUUGUGUGCAUGUACCGGUUCCUGGGCGCCGAUAAGUGUAUGUACCCCUUCCUAGCCCAGAGGAAGGAGGCCAUGAACAACAAUGAGGCCAAGAACGGGAUCUAGGGGGCGCUGCUUGUGACACGAAUUGGGGCACAUAAACCUGCAAGCAUGAGGAUACGACCACUGAGGAUGAAAUGGGGAAGAAAAGACUGAAUCUAGACUGGUGCACUUGCAUUGAGCAAAUGCAAAGGUUUACCAUAUUGUUCCUCUGGAACAAAGAAAGCUGUGUACUACACAAAGGAUUUAUUUGACUUUGUUUUCUUUUUUUUUCUAAGGUUUGAUUAAAGAAACCAACAUCUAUAUACUGUGUCACUAGUUUUGAAAUCAUACGAAAAAGGUAUUCAAUAAUUAACUAUUUACGUAAUGUAGUCACCAGCCUUAUCUAGUGUCUUUGUGGAAAUAUACAGUAUGUUACUGUACGAACAGUAAGAAAUCUUUGUCACUUUUGUUUUUUGUUUGUUUUUUUGUUUUUGUUUUUUUUAUUUGUAGACAUGCACUGUAAUUACUGACUCUCUCUACACUGCCAGCCCUCUCUGUGUAGAAAUGAUUCAACCCAGCAUUUCACACUACCCAGCAUCUCCCACCCAGAGGCUCUUGAUCAAUCAGUCAGGAACAUGUGGUUGGCAAAUUGAACGGCUCUGAUUGUAGCUUGUGUCAUUGAUUGCAAAGGUCAUCAAAUGCAAUAAACAUUUCACAAUUUUGAAUAUACCACACUCCGUUAUUUUUAAUUAUUUUUUGAGUUACAGACAUGUAGCGUAGAUGUAGAUAAUGGAGUCAACAAGGCAUUCCAAAUGGGACAUUUUACUAGCCUAUAUUUGACUUUUUAAUCUCCACAGGCGUGUCCAGAUGUAGUGGAAGGCAACUGUGUCUCUUUAUGGUCCUAUCAUUUUAUUGACUAACCCCUCAAAUUAAAGUGAGUGAGGUGGUCAGUAUAAUAAGCUGAACGAUCACGUGUGAAGCAUUAGGCUGUACUGAUUGGAGAGAAACCGAGAGGAAACACAAUCUUUUUCAUUCAUUUGUCUUUGUUGAUAUUGUAAAUUUGUCAGUUGAAAAAUAGAUAGGCAAAGACUGUAACUCCACGCAAACCAAUGACCCAACACUGAUGUAUGGUUGAGGGAAAUGUAACACUAGCGUACCAUAUUUUAUUUUUUUGUCCCAAAGUGACACUUUCACGUUGCUGUCCAUUGUCCACCUUGUCCAGUUACAGUGAAAUGUAAAUGUUUAAAUGUUGUGAAUAGCCCAGUAUCCCAAACUGACUGUCUCCACAAUAUUUGAUGUAUGAAUAUUUUAUAUACUUUCGGGAACACAAGAGUUUUUUGAAUUUCAAGUACAUUCCAAUAGGCGUCAUUUCUUCAGUCACAGUGAUGAGCCUAAAUUCUCUACCUCUUAAUUUUUGCCAUUUGUUGACAGUAUGACAUAAGCCUCUUUUUGUAAUUUUCUGAAGACUGCUCCAUAGCGGAGCAAAUGUGGUUCCAAUGUUUAGUGUCUCUACCUAACUUAAAUUAAUAAAAUGAUUUAGAUUAUUAA